GGUGGAGGGAGAAGGGAAAGUUUGGCCCGUGCGUGGGGUUGGGGUGGAGGGCGGGACAGAGGGGUUGGGCCCGAGCGGAUACCCUGUCGCCGCUGCAGCGGAGGCCGAGGCCGGGACCUGGGCCGGGCGGGGAGUGCCGGACGCGGACGAGCAGGAGGAGAGGUCCGCCGGAGCUUCGAGCCCCCGCCGCUCUGCCGCGCGGUGACCCCGCGCCCAGACGCCGUCCGACCCGUGGCUGUUCCCGAGGCGGUUGGUGGGGGCGCGGCGGCGGCGGCGGUGGUUGGGGGUGGGGAGAGGCGCGGCGAGCAGACGAGAGAGGUCAGCGAGUUUGAGAGAGGAUCGCGACCCUUGCCGCCGUCAUGUCCGAGGACUCGAGCGCCCUGCCUUGGUCCAUCAACAGGGACGAUUACGAGCUGCAGGAGGUGAUCGACCUUAUUAAAGUUUAGAAGGAUCUCAGGAUUUAUGGUGGACAUGGUAGUAUCGCUACAUGAGACCCUGCCACCUGUGAUAUUGUCAACGAUACGGUAGUGGAGCAACGGCUGUGGUCCAAGCAGCAUAUUGUGCCCCUAAGAAGGAGAAAGUGGCAAUCAAACGGAUAAACCUUGAGAAAUGUCAAACUAGCAUGGAUGAACUCCUGAAAGAAAUUCAAGCCAUGAGUCAGUGCCAUCAUCCUAAUAUUGUGUCUUACUACACGUCUUUUGUGGUAAAAGAUGAGCUGUGGCUAGUCAUGAAGCUGCUAAGUGGAGGUUCUGUUCUAGAUAUUAUUAAGCACAUUGUGGCAAAGGGGGAGCACAAAAGUGGAGUCCUAGAUGAACCUACCAUUGCUACAAUACUCAAAGAAGUGCUGGAAGGGUUGGAAUACCUGCAUAAAAACGGACAGAUUCACAGAGAUGUGAAAGCUGGAAAUAUUCUUCUUGGAGAAGAUGGCUCAGUACAGAUUGCAGACUUUGGGGUUAGUGCUUUUUUAGCAACUGGUGGUGAUAUUACCCGAAAUAAAGUGAGAAAGACCUUUGUUGGAACUCCUUGCUGGAUGGCACCUGAAGUUAUGGAACAGGUCCGAGGCUAUGAUUUCAAAGCUGACAUCUGGAGUUUCGGGAUCACAGCAAUUGAACUGGCCACAGGGGCAGCUCCUUACCAUAAGUAUCCACCAAUGAAGGUUUUAAUGCUGACACUACAAAAUGAUCCUCCUUCUUUGGAAACUGGUGUUCAAGAUAAAGAAAUGCUGAAAAAAUAUGGAAAAUCAUUUAGGAAAAUGAUUUCAUUGUGCCUUCAAAAGGAUCCAGAAAAAAGACCAACAGCAGCAGAACUGUUAAGGCACAAAUUUUUCCAAAAAGCAAAGAAUAAAGAAUUUCUUCAAGAAAAAAUACUGCAGAGAGCACCAACUAUUUCUGAAAGAGCUAAGAAGGUUCGGAGAGUACCAGGUUCCAGUGGCCGCCUUCAUAAGACAGAAGAUGGGGGCUGGGAGUGGAGUGAUGAUGAAUUUGAUGAAGAAAGUGAGGAAGGGAAAGCAGCAAUUUCACAACUCAGGUCUCCCCGAGUGAAAGAAUCAUUAUCAAAUUCUGAGCUAUUUCCAACAACUGAUCCCGUGGGUACUUUACUCCAAGUUCCAGAACAGAUUUCUGCUCAUCUACCUCAGCCAGCUGGGCACAUGCCUGCACAGCCAACUCAAAUCUCUCCCCCACCUCCUGCAGAGCCAGCAAAAACAGCUCAGGCUCUGCCUUCAGGAGCAGGCUCACAAGAAACCAAGAUCCCAAUCAGCCUAGUACUCAGAUUAAGGAAUUCAAAAAAAGAACUAAAUGAUAUUCGAUUUGAGUUUACUCCUGGGAGAGAUACAGCAGAGGGUGUCUCUCAGGAACUCAUUUCUGCUGGCCUGGUCGAUGGAAGGGAUUUAGUAAUAGUGGCAGCGAAUUUGCAGAAAAUUGUGGAAGAACCUCUGUCAAAUCGAUCUGUCACUUUCAAACUGGCAUCUGGUGUCGAAGGCUCGGAUAUUCCUGAUGAUGGUAAACUAAUAGGAUUUGCCCAGCUCAGCAUCAGCUAAACCACAGCCCUGGAAGAGGCGGCCUAAGGAGAUUCCACACAUGCGUAUCUCUGUUGCUUCUGUUGGCCUAAACCCACUACUGCCAAAGAACCCAGCAACAAACCUCCCGGCUAGGAGCUUUAGAGGUCUUUCUUUAUGUUCUUCUUGCCGUCAUUCCCCCUUUUUCCCACAGGGAAAGAAAAGUUGGAUCACCAGUGGCCAGCAUCCCUUUAAAGAGUUCCGUUAGUAAACUUACUGCACAUGUCCCCUGUCUUCCUCCAUCUGGGAAGGGGACUGUGCCUCAAGGCUCAGGAGGGAGAUCUGUCAGCUCAUCUUGCCUUACUCCAAUGAUGGCGCUGGGUGGAAAGUAGCAGCUAUAUUGGGCUUCCUCAUCCUGCCUGUUCUCCCACACCUGACGGGAUGUGGGCAUCUUGGGUUAUCUCUUUACCACUGAAGUAGCAAUUAAAAAUUGAUUGUUUAUCUGGAGCCCAGAGAAUUUAAUUUGGUGAUUUUUUUUUUUUUAAUCUGAUGUGAAUUCUAGCAACCUUUGUUAGGAAAAAGCACAGCCUCAGAAAGAGGCAGCCUAAACUGUGUUCUUGUUUUGUUCAUAUUUCUAAGCGUUUUGCUGAAGCUGCUCUCAGGCACCCCUCUUCAUCACUCCCUCCAGAAAGGGUUGCUAGCCUUAACUUCAGCUGGUGCAAAACAUCUGACUGUAGUCGAAAUUCAGCCAUCAGAUCCUUCAAAGUGGAACUUUGGACUGUUUUUAGCGAAAACAUCAAGUAAUGGCUUGUAAAAGUGAAUUUCCCCAGCAGUGGUUUUGAACAGGAAAAAUCAUAACUCAUAUCAUUGUGGAAGUAUUUAUUUUCAAAUCUUAAAAAAUUCAGUUGAAGAAAAACUGCUCCUCAAUCCUCCCAUGAAAAUUUGCCUGGCCUCCAUGUCAUGAGGAAAUGCAAGGCUGAGCUUUCUACAGCAAUAAAGGAGACUCACCAGGCCAGCGAGGCCUGCCUUCCGUCCCUCUCCUGCACUGACCCUUUGGAGGGGGUCCACACUUCUGUGCGCUGAACCUGACCCAGGAUGGAAAGUGAAACCACAUGUGCCGUGAUUUUUAGGAUUUAUGAGUAGACAGUGUUCAUUCGCUUUUCUAUAGAAAUAAUAUAAAUUAUUCUUUAGGUUUAAAAAAGAGCACUCAUAAUGCAAUGUGAGUAAUUGGUGGGGCCGAUUUUCUUUCCUACUGUUUCACAGUCAGCCUCUGUCUAACUGCAAGUAGCCCUAACAGUUUUUGUAUAAGAAAGGGACACUUAAUCUGGCCUUAAGAUAACACACAAAGAUGGGCUUUGGCCCCAUGGAAAGGGGAAAGCUGCCUCUUACAGAAUCACUCGAGCCCUUCCCAGCACUGUUGGUUUGUGAAUAACAAGAUUGCUUCACCUAGUUUUCUCUUGGAGUAUCUCCUGGAAGCUUUCCCCACAACUGAGUUGUUGCAGCCCUUGUUUCGUUCUGAGCUUGUUGUUUUAGUCGUGGGCUUUCUUCCCCUUCCCUGGGUGCAGAGGCAUACUGGGAAAGGAGUGGAUGUUGGGGAGAAGGAGGGGAUGGGUUUGGGGUGGCCGUUGGGAGGAAAGUAGAUGAGAGGAUCAGAUACCAAAGUCCAGGGUCCCAGCAGGACUGGUAAAAAGUGGGAGCCUGCCAAGCCUAGAGAGGGAAAAGAAGAUUGAUUAGGUUGCUGGAAAAAUAUUUAGCUUUUCUUUUUCUUUUCUUUUCCUUUUUUUUUUUUUUAAGGGGGCGUGGGAAUAACAUAUGAAAAAGAGAUAGUGUCCUCUUUGACACAAGGCUAGUGGCUUACCUUUGAGUUUGUAUUUUGGUUUAAAGCAAGCCAUCAUGAUAUACUUAUUGAUAAAUCCAAGGGGGUGGUGGCCUCACUCUGUUCUAGCAUUGUGUUUGGAAGUGGUCUGGAGCCCAGGCCGGAGGUGAGCAGCAGCCUAUUCCCCUGUUCAGUUUCCCCAGCCAGCCGUGACUUUUAAACUGCAGUGGCACAGGCAUGCCAAUAGAAGUGGGUUGGGGCUUUCUCUUUCUUUUCAGUUCAUUUUUUGCCCUGCUGGGAAUUAGGAGCCAGACACUAAGCCCCAGGACAGUGUUACUUCUUCUGCAUGAUGUAUGGUGGACUCCCUUUGCUGACUUUUGCAGCGAUGCUGAGAGAAUACGUGAACAGAAACUUCCCAGGUUGGACAGCAUGUGACCUAGCGAGCAACCUUGCUCUUUCCAGGAGCAGUGGUUCAGGGUGCACCUGUCUCUAGGUCUCCAGGAUCCCUUGGUCCCUGGGGGUAGGGACUGAUUUAGCACAAGGUAACAUGUGCCAAUGCUGUUUGUGAAAUGUACGGUCUUACUCUAAAUGACUAAUGGAUUUGUUUGGGUUUUUCACUUAAGUUUUGAACCAAAUCCUAGAGCCAGCUGAUACUAUUUAAUAAUCUGAGGAUAGAAUAAUGGUGUAUCAGUAAAUGGAGGUUCCUCCUUAUGACAUAUGCUAGAUUAUGGAAGAUGUAAAAUAUUUGACCUUCCCCCUCCCUUUUUUUGACUUUGUAUUUUGUUGCAUGUUUCCUUCAUUUUUAAUCAAUAAAGAGUAAAUUGUCUGUGGAGGUGUAAGGAUUCUUUAC